GUUCCAAUUUCAACCACACAAAAAACAAGAGCAAAUAAGAAAUGAAAAAAGAACUAGAUAAGCCACAGGAACAAGCACCGGUUGUGCUUGUCAACCAUAGCCAUGGCAACUUCAUCCUCCACUUUGCUGCCAUCACUCAUACCUGCAACAACCCCAUCAAUCAACUCUCCAAAAAAUCAUCUUUUUUUGCUUCAAAAUCGUUCUUUGAAUCGAUCUAAAAGGGUUUCCCUCGUUGUACACGCAGUCAAGCCCCCUGCUGGUGUGGAAUUUCCAAAAGUUGAGCCGCAGUUUAAGCCUCCGUUUCUUGGGUUCACUAGGACUGCAGAAAUAUGGAACUCUAGAGCUUGCAUGAUUGGAAUCAUUGGAGUUUUUGUUGUAGAGUUUAUAAUAAACAAGGGAAUACUUCAGGUGAUUGGGGUUGAUGUUGGCAAAGGUCUUAACCUUCCUCUCUGAACAAUUUUUUGGUCUGUGCGAGUAAAUGCUGUCGCGUAUAAAGUCAUGUUUAACUUUAUUUUACUGGUUUCAUGAACAAAUUUUCAAAUUGCCAUGUCAUUUGAAAAUCUUCGUAAUCUUGUAUCUGUGUACACAAUCUUCCUUAAUCUAAAAUCUGUGUAGAGGUGAA